AUGCAACUCCCCCCAGCUGCUGUUAUAGCGACUUGGCCAACUCCUAAUUAUGUUGACCCAGUGACUCGCGGGAAUGGGGUCUUGGUUGUGAACAUUAUUUGUAUCAGUAUCGCAUUUGUGAUCACUCUUCUUCGUCUAUAUACUCGGAUAUUCAUCACCAUGACCGCUGGUACUGACGAUAUCUUGAUCGUCAUUAGUCUUGUCUUUUCUAUCGCCAUGGUGGUCAUAACAUCCGUUGCUACUGAGCAAUGGGCCUAUAAUCGACAUAUGUGGGAUGUGCCAAUCGAUUGGUUCCCUACUGUCGAAAGGUUGUUCCUUGCAUUUCAGAUUAUGUUUUCUUGGGCUUCCACCUUUACCAAGAUCUCAAUAUUAUGGUUCUGUCGACGGCUUCUAGGAGUGGGAAAGGGCCUCUUCACAGUCUGGAACUGGGCUUUUAUUGGUUCAAUGAUUUUCGUUACCAUCGAUGCACUUUUGUUCACCUUUAUUACCACCUUCCAGUGCUCACCCACCAAAGCAUUCUGGGAAGUUGAUCCUCAGUAUCCGCAUUCAUGCCUGAGAGACGGAGAUAUUGUCUUCGCGGGUAGUGUGAUCAACAUCUUUACCGAUUUCUUAGUUACCAUUCUCCCCAUGCCCCUCAUCUGGAGCCUCAAUCUUCCCACUCGUCAACGACUAGCCGUCAUAUCCAUCUUUGCCCUAGGUAUCGUCGUCAACGUUGCGGGCUCUGUCCGUACGGUAUACGCUUGGAAGAGCCAGCUCACCACAUACGAUCAAACCUGGGAAGGGUGGCCGGUUCUCAUCGCUGCUAGCGUGGAAAUUAAUCUCGGCCUGAUCUGCUCUUCAGCUCCAGCUCUUCGGCCCCUCGUCGCAACCUUCCUUCCUGGCGCCCUCCCAUCCAAGAGUAUGAGAGCCUCCAGCAGUCGCCAAAGUCGUUCUAAUAAGCUCUGGUCUUCAGCUAGUCACUCUCGAGCCUCCCAUAUGGCUAUCAACGCCAACCCUUACCAAGAAAGUCACGAAAAUGAUCGGUGCGAAAUUAUGCGCACUGUUGAGAUGGCAACUUGGUCUGAGACUCGAUCUGAGCACGAUGAUAUAACUGUUGAAACGGAAAGCCGAGCUGUCUCUCCUAAUAACGCUGAAGUGAAAGAAUGGCCUUUGGUGAGCACGUCUGUUGAGAGUAGUCGAUCAUUCAGGUUAAGCAAGUAUGGCAAUGAGUCGCCAUCAGAUGAUCUUCGCGACCGUCAAUAA